AUGAAUAUAAUCUUUAUUAUUUACUUUACUUUAAUUUUAUUUUGUAUUCCUAAUAUUGGUAUAAUUAGUGAAAAGUUAAGUAAUUACAAAAGAAAUAAAAGAUUUGCAAUUAUUAUAUUAUCUUAUGUAGAAUUAGGUAUUGAAGAUGAUUAUAAAGAGGAUCUUGUUAAAGUUGAAAAAUCUGAGAAUUUGGAAUUACCUAAUAACUCAUCUCUAAUUAUAAAUAAUUAUAAUAAAAUAUAUGAUAAUAACAGUAUUUCAGAUAUUUGGCAAAUAUAUUCUAAUAUAAAUAAUACUAUUAAAUUAAAACCAUUUAUUUCUAAGAUUGUUGAUUCCUCAAAAUUUGAAAAGUGUUUGAACAAUGGAAAAUAUAAACUUUUUGUGCUAAAUAAUUCCCUCAAAGUAAUACUAAUAUCCAGUGAAAAAUAUAAAAUAUCUGAUGUAUCAUUAGGAUUAACAAUAGGAAACUCUAUAGAAUUAGAUGGUAAACAAGGCUUACUCUCUCUUUUGAGGCAUAUUAUUUUUAAAGAUGGAUCUAGUGUUAAUUCUAGCAGUUCAGCUUUCAUAGAUUUUAUAAAAAAUAAUAAUGGUCAUAUAUACUCCCAUUUAUAUCCAUUUUCAAUGGAUUAUGGUUUUAGUAUAGAUUCUGGAUAUUUAGAAAUAGCUUUAAAUAUGUUUAGUAGUUAUUUUGAAUCUCCUAAAUUUGAUGAAGAAAUAAUCUAUUCUACAUUAAAUAAUUUAAAAUUAUUUAAUAUAACAGAUUAUAAUAGUUAUGAUGAAUAUUCAGCUGAACAAAUACUUAAAGAUUUAUCAAAUCCUAAUCAUAUAUAUUAUAAAUUAUCUAAUAGAAAUUAUUCAAACUUAAUAAACAAUUUAAAAUCAAGGAGUUCUAGUACUUAUUAUGAACUAAUAAAUAUUUAUAAGAAAUAUUACAAUGCAGAUUUGAUGAUACUAUGUAUUGUAUCUAAUAAAUCUUUAGAUAUAUUACAAAGAUAUACUAUGAAAUACUUUUCAAAUAUUUCAAACUCAAAAGAACAAGUUAUAAAUCUAUUAGAUAAAUAUGACAGUACAAUCCAUCCUUAUGAUGUAUUAAUUGGUAAAAUAAUUCAAAUUAAGUCUAGAUUUAAACAAUCGAAGUUAUUAUUAGUAUUUCCAAUACCUAAUAAAGUUGAUUAUUAUUUACAAUAUAAACUUGGUGAUUAUUUAACUACAAUGUUUACUAUUACAGGUGGUAAAUAUGAUCUUGAAUCAACUAUAAUAAAUAAAGGAUGGGCUAAGAAAUUUAAAUGUAAAUUAAUAAAUGAUAAACAUGGUUUUUCAUAUUAUUUAAUAACUAUUAUAUUACCAAAAGAUGGUGAAUAUUAUAUCAUAAAAAUUAUUGAAACUAUUUUUUCAACUAUUCAAAUGAUUAAAGAAACAAAUAUAGAUGAUGAAAAAUGGGAAAAGAUUCGAAUUAUUACUGAGGUUCAAAAUAAGAAAGAAGAUUUGAAUUAUAAAAAUAAUAGAAUAUCUAAAAAAAUUAUUGAUACUUUUAUAUAUACAAAUUGUUUACCAGAAGAUAUCUUAAAAGUUACCUUUUGUAUAAAAACAUCAAAUAUAAAAGAAUUUUAUAAUUUUAUAAGCUAUUUAAACCCUAGGAAUAUGUUAAUUAUAUUAUUUCAAUUUAAUCUUGAGAAAAAUGGUAGCGAAAUAUUAUUAAAGAAUAAAACAGUAAAAGGACUUUGGGAUAAUAUUAGUAAAACUCUUACAAAUAUUGGAUAUUCUAUAAAAGAUAUUUUUAAAAAAUCAGAUGAAAAAAUAUUAAAAGUUACAAAUAAUCACUAUUUAGGAUCUGAAUAUAUAUUACAAACAAUUCCAAAUAAAAUUACUAAUUAUUUAUGUAAUAUAACAUCAAAUAUAGCAAGGAAUAUUUUUAGAAUUCAGAUAUGGGAUUCUAAUAUAUGUAUUUAUAAAAAUAAUGCAAAAUUAUAUACACAAUAUAUCCUUAACCAACCUUAUCCUAUAACUUUGUAUGAUGCCCUAAUUAUAUAUUUGAAUCAAAAUGAAGAGUUAAUUGAAUCUAAUAAUACCCAAUAUAAAAAUAAAACAUUGGAAUAUAUUUUUAAAGAUAAAUCAUUUUUAUUGUUUAGAGAAUCUCAAAAUAAUAAUUCUAAAUUUGAAUAUAAUAAAACUAUUAAUAAUAGUGAAAAUUUUGAAAAUAUAAUAAAUAUAUCUCCUAUAAAUGAUUUUAAUAGUACAUCUGAAUAUCCUAUAAAUAUUAAUAAUAAAAGUUUAUAUAAUUCAGAAAUAGAAAAUGAAAUAAUUAAAACAAAUGAUAUAUAUAUAUCACCAUUUGCAAGAACAGUAUAUUAUAUGCUAGGAAAUUUAAAUAAUAAUUUUAUAUAUGGAAAAGUUGGGAUAUAUAUAAAUAAUAUUUCUUUAUCUUUAAUAAAUAGAUUAUUAGGUAGUGGAAAUUUAGUAAAGUGGUUUACUUUAUCAUUUUUACUUCAAAAAGCCUUUUUGAAAAGUAUUGAUCCAUCUUUACAAUAUUAUAUCUCAAUACCUGAAUAUCCAACAUUAUAUCAUUUUUUUAAAAUGAAUUUUGGAAUUGAAUUUAUAAUUAAAGGAUAUACAGAUUCACUUCCUAGUAUAAUUGAUAAAUUAAUUAACAAUAUAUCUAAAUUACCAAAAAAUAUUAGUCGUUUUAAUAUUUUCCAAGCAAGGCGAGAACUUAGUGAUGUUAUUAAUAAAUUUGAAAUAAUGUCAAAUAAUGAAAUAUGUAUUGAGAAUAUAUAUAAUAUAUUAACAAAUGAAUGUUUAACAGUUGAAAAAUUGGUAUAUGAAUCAAAAAAUAUUACAUAUUCUGAAAUUAUUCAAUUUGGUACAAUUCUUAUUAAAUAUGGUGAUAUUUAUGGACUUAUUACUGGAAAUUGUAAUCCAAUACAGUAUAAUUAUUAUAUGAAUAAAAUAUGGAUAUCUUUGGGUAGAAAUAAUAAACAUUAUUCCAUUAACCCAUUAAUUAUCUUAGCAAAUAAUAAUACAAUUGAUUCAAAUUUUGGAAACUGUUAUAAUAAAGUAAAUAAUUCAAGUUAUGAAAUAGAAAAAUAUUCUAUAACCUUGGAUGAUUUUAGAAGACAACAAAUUAUUAACUUAAACAUUUUACCAGAAGAAUAUCACAAAAUUUUUAUACUAGUAAAAAAUACUGAAAAUAAUUAUCCUAAUGAAAUUUAUUUACAGAUACAACUUGGAAAAAUUAAUAUGAAAAAGAUUGUAUUUUUGAGUAUUUUAACUAAGUUAGGGUUUGAAAAUGCCUUUAUAGAAAUGUUCAAAGGUAAUAGUCAUCUUAUGACUUUAAAUAUUGAUCCAGAUAUUUUUGCAUUUACAAUAAACGUCUUAAAUAUUAAUAUUAAAUCUUUGAUUUAUAGUUAUAAGGAAUUAAUAAUAUUACUUCAGAAAUUUUAUACUACUUACUUUAUUGAUAAUUCACCAUUAAUUAAUAAUGAAUCUUUUGAAGAAGCUAAACAAGAUGCAAUUUCUCAUUUAAAAACACUGGAUAAUGAAAAUAUUUUAUUUGAUCUUCAUUAUAGUCAAAUAAUUGAAAAUAAGUUACCAGUAAAUUGGAAUCAGAUACAAAUAGAUUAUCUAGAAAAUACUUCAUUCAAUGAAUUUCUCGAAUUAUGGAAGAGUUUUCUCACGUGCUCUCAAAUUAUGGUUGCAGUGCAAAACAUCAAAGAUUUUGAAGAAGUAAAUCAGAAUCCAAAAUUUGUACCAAAUGGAUUUAUAAAACUAUCAAAUAAAUUAGGACUUUCUAAUCUAUUUAAAAUUAACAGUAUUGAUGAUAUGUAA